AUGCUGACCACGGGUGCUCGGCGUCUAUCGCGCGUUUCCGUCUCACCGCGUCCACGGAUGCGCAACUAUACGCUCGGUAACAUGCCGCCACCUCCAGCUGUGAACAUUCGUACUCAUGACAUGAUCUCGCCGCAAGAGCGAAAAUUUCUGGAAGCAGCUGAACGAGGUGAUAAACCUACACUACAAGAAUGCCUACUCACGAGGGAGGGUGAAACGCCUUUGAAUGUUAACUGCCUGGAUUCUAUGGGCCGUUCAGCUCUAGAA